GCUAUGGCAGAAGGAUUCGGGGUCAGCGGGUCGGUGGAUCCAACCACACUAUACACCAAACAACAAUGCAUAGGCGGAGGUAGUUUCGGCAAGGUCUACAAAGGGAUCGACCGAAAAACUGGCCACAUGGUAGCUAUCAAGGUCAUCGAUGUGGAAAACGCUGAAGAUGAGGUCGACGACAUCAUCACCGAGAUCGCUAUCCUCUCCGGCAUGGACUCGCCUUACGUCACAAAGUACUAUGGCUCAUAUUUGCACGGCUCGGAUCUGUGGAUCGUCAUGGAGUACUGCUCUGGCGGAAGCUGUGCGGACCUCAUGAAGCCUGGUCCUGUCGGCGAGAGCGAGAUUGCGGUUAUGCUCAAGGAGCUGCUCAUGGGCUUGGUGUAUCUGCAUGAUGAUCACAAACUGCACCGGGACAUCAAAGCUGCGAAUAUCCUCGUUGGCGCAAAUGGCCAGGUCAAACUCGCAGACUUCGGCGUAUCCGGUCAGCUGUCAGCAACAAUGACGAAGAAGAACACGUUCGUUGGCACACCGUUCUGGAUGGCACCCGAGGUCAUCAAACAGUCAGGAUACGACCACAAGGCUGAUAUCUGGUCGCUCGGGAUCACGGCCCUGGAACUGGCGACUGGCGAACCCCCAUAUGCCGACAUCCAUCCCAUGAAGGUCCUUUUCCUCAUCCCGAAGAACCCUUCACCACAGCUCACCGGCAACUUCUCGCGGCAGUUCAAAGAGUUUGUCGAGCUGUGUCUACAAAAGGAUCCUCGUCAACGCCCGUCCGCAAAGCAACUUCUCCAGACGGAUUUCAUCCGGAAAGCCGGCAAGCCUGCGCGUCUACAAGAGCUCAUUGUGAGGUUUCAGGAGUGGCAGCUGCGGCAUCCCAAGGAGCAAGACGAUUCAGAGGAUGAUACAACACCUCAAAAGAAGCGGGCGCCCGUCAACGAGGAGCUGUGGGAUUUUGGCACUGUCCGGCCGGUGAACAAUCAACGCGCUCCAGCGUUGAGGCCCAUGAACGAAGCCGGUGCGAAUGCGCGGAACGCCUCGCCACAGCGCAAACAGGUUCCUAGCCAACUCAAAGGAACGAGCGAUGAGAAUGGUGUGGGAGAAGAUACAAUUCGGGUUACCAGCCCACCAGCGUCACCCACGAAACGCCUCGCCAAGCUGGAUAUCCCCAACUCGCCCAUGGGCUCACUGAAAACGGCAGCAAGGGUACCCCUUCCCCCUUCCCCAGACAAGAAGUCGAUCCCUCCGCUGGCUCCACCAUCACAAGAGCCGAUCCGAAAGUCACCAGUGCCCGCCGUCUUCAAUCCCCAUCCUGCUAGUCGUGGGAUGGUAACGCCCACAAAGCCGGUUCAGCAGCAACCGCGUAGGCAGACGCCGCUGGCUCGGGAUUACGAUGAGUAUCUGCAACGCUCAAUCGCGGCAGAUAUGGCUGGUUUGGAGUUGACGCCGCAGCGUAACCCAACUCCCACUCGAUUCAGCGCUUCGGUGGCUACUCCCCAGCCAAAUCCGCUUGGAAGCCCGAUCCGAACACACCACAACCCCCAGACCAACACCUCACAUCAAGCCCCGCAACUCCAGAAACCCCUUCCUUCGCUGGUCUCUUCGCAACCGCCGCUGCCUGCCACACAGCAACCUCUUCCCACCUUCAAUCCGACAUCAGCACAACGGCCGGACUCUUCUUCUUCGAACGACCCCUUUGCUUCCCCUCUCGUGAAAGACUGGUCUUCGCCCUCACGAAACCCACCAGCACCAACGACCCCCUUCUCCCACUCCGCCGCCAUAGCCACAACACCAAACCGCCCCUCACCCCUCGUAGGCCGCGGCUCCUUCGGCCGUCCUAAACCCUCGCCAAACCCGAGCGGCACUCCCGGCUCUCCAUCACAAAGCGGCGAGAUAACAGCCUUGACAGGCGUAGUAGUCCCCGCUCUCGAAGCUGCGCUGAGCCGUCGCCAAUACCAUCUCACGCUCCGCAACAAGCAGGACACGAACAACGCGGCAGCUCUCCGUGACCCUGCUCGUGCCCUCGAGCGCCGCAAACAGCGUAUCGAGUGCCAUGAGCAGGUCAAGCGAUUAGUCGGUGAACUGAGCGAGCGGUUCAAGGAGCUGGACGAGUGGGAUGAGAGGGGCGAAGUGGGCAUGGGUGGGGAGGUUGCAGGGUUCCUAGAGGGAUUUUUGGAAGAGGUACUUGUGAGGGUUGAGCCGGCUGAUGACUAG